AUGGACCAGGGGCGGAGCGGGAACUGGAACUCAUCACCUCUGAUGACAACACACAUUGGCGUGGAUGUCGCCUGCGCGCGCGCGAUGCUGAGCAGUGAUCACGUGCAGUGCCGUAGAUGGACGGCGGGACGGCGGGCAAGCCACCAGAUCACGUGCAGCACUGUGGGCGGAGGGCGGGUGAGAGCGUCAAAGGUGUCGAUGGUUACCAGAUGUGCAGCGUCGGUCCCGCCUGAUCAAAUGCACAUGACGCCGGCGGAGGCAGCGCGCAUCAACAGAUUCUGUCGGAAGCGCAAGCACGAAUUCAUAUCACAUCGCAAUAAGCGAGAGGCAGAGAGCGCUGUCAUCAGCACUGUUGAUGGCUGCCAUCACUGGUGGCGAUGGGUGAUUUGCAAUCGACUGACGUUGAUGGGUGCCGAAGUGAAGAUGCCGGGGGUUGAGCGUAUUGCACGCAGCCAUAGACCCCACGGUGGUUAUUUAGGUGCCUAG